AUCAAAUAAUUAGAAGAAUAGAAAGAUGCAAGAAGAUAUUGGUCAAGUACUCACAGGAUUUGUUAUGUCCAAAUCUAACGAAGAGAAAGAGGUGAAUGAGGAAAAAAUCAGAGCACUCAAAGAAGCGAAUCCAAGGGAUUUCCUUUUUGCCAUGAUAGAGCAGCUGAACAACGAAACCUUAGCAACACCAGCAAGGCAUUUAACUGGAAUUUUGUUCAAAAACACAGCAAAGGGAGGAGAUGAUGGCCCACUUUGGUUCACUCUAAGCGAUGAUGAUAGAGCGAAGCUCAAGGAGUAUAUUCUUAUUCCCUUAGCUGAUGAGUAUGAAGAAGUAAGAAGAUCUGCUUGUAGUUGAGUUGCUGCCGUAGCGUGUUUGGAACUUCCAAAGCAGAUGUGGCCGGAGAUAAUCAACAAUCUCUGCACUCAUUCAGGCUCAGAAGACCUAAAGAUCAGACAGAGCUCCCUCAUCACUUUAGGAUACAUUUGUGAAGAAAUAGAUGGAGAAGUUCUGGGGAAUGAUAAUACAAACUUAGUAAUUUCUGCACUGCUCGAGUCUCUUGAAGCAAACGAAAACAAUCCAGCUCUGAUGCAGAUUACCAUGCAAGCAACCUACCACUCCAUCGAUUUUGCUGAAAACAUUUUCGAUAAAGGCGAAGGAAGCCUCAUUAUCGAAAGAGUCGUCAAACACGGCUUAAAUCCAGAUGAAGAAGUCAGAAAGAAGACCAUGAUGUGCCUCUCAGAGAUCAUCAGGUGUUACUACAGCAGCGUCGACAAGUUCAUGGGGCCGAUCAGCGACCUCACAUCCAAGAUCAUCAGAGAGGAUGAUGACGAAGAAGUAGCCACACUUGCAAUCGAAGUAUGGUGCACUGUCUGCGAAGGCGAAAUAGAUAUCUACAGACGAAAGAAGGGAGAAGGCUGCCGCAACUACAUCAAGGAGGCAUCUGUGGACUUGAUCCAGCUCGUUCUCUGGUGCAUCGAAGGCUCAUAUGUAGAUGAAGAUGAUGAAAGCGACAACUGGAAUAGAUCAACUGCUUCAGGAUGCUGCCUCAGUUUGAUGGCUCAAAUCCUCGGUGACGAUAUUAUCGAACCAGUAAUAAAUUUUGCUGGCAAGAAAAUUUCAGAAACAGAAGAGUGGAAGGAUAAAUAUCUUGGACUACUGGCUUUAGGAGCUAUUUUAGAAGGACCUACUAAGGAGAAAUUGAUGGAAAUCCUCAGUCCUGCCAUGAAUACUAUCAUUGAACUGUAUAAAUUUGAGUCCCGGAAAGUAAGAGAGACAGUUGCUUGGCUGUUUUCUAAGAUUGCUCAAAAUCAGCCUGAGAUUAUUGGGAACGAGACAGUGUUCCCUUCAUUAUAUUCUCACAUCUUAGAUGGACUAAAAGAUGAUACAAGAGUUGCAUGUAAUAGUGUAUCUAUCAUCAAUGAACUUGCUAAGGGCUUAAAGCCAGUUGAAGGUCAAAUUGGGAAUAUCCUAAGCAAUGUUUACCAAGAGUUGAUCGAGAAAUGUACUGAGUGUGCUUAUAGGGAUGAAACUGAGAAUGUUCAUAUCCCUAACCAACAGAAUAAGAUUAAUAUCGCAGGAUUUGAUGCCUUGUAUAGUCUGUUUGAAAACGCUCCUGGAAAUGUAAUGCCACUUCUUAUGGAAUCUCUUCAGAUAUUUUACGACAAGCUUGUUGCUACAUACGAUGGAAAAGAUAGUAUCGAUAAUAGAACAAUGGAAUUUCAAAGCUUCCUCUGUCUUUGUCUUCAAACACUCUUGAAUAGGAUCGAUACCCACCUGGAUACAGUGAUUGCUGACAAAAUUGUCGAAGUGAUAAUCAACUGUUUUAAGUCUAGAAAUGAUGUCUUUGAGGAAGGAUUCUUACUUCUUAGUGCUCUUUGCUCUAAAUUUGAGAAGCAUAUUGACUCCCAUGUUCCCGAAAUCGGUCCUUACAUUGUGCAUGCUUUAAGUCAAGGAGAAUCCUCUGAGACUAUCAAGAAUGCUUGCGGAUUAAUCUCAGAUUUGUGCACCAUGGUAGAGUCACAUAAUAUUACUGAAGGGUUUGAAAAUUACGUUCCUCUACUUCUCAACAAUGUUAUGGCAAACAGGACACUUCAGAGAGAUGCUAAAUUGAGUGCAGUAACUGCUAUUGGAGAUACUUUCUUGAUCACUAAGGAGAAAUUCAUGCCAUUCCUCGAAGAGACUCUCAAGUACUUCAAUUCCGCAGCUGAGCAAUGUAUUGAUGUGAAUUUGGCCGAUUAUGAUUUGGUGGAGUACAUCAUCAAAUUACAAGGAGCUUUGAUCGAAUCAUACACUUGAAUUAUUCAAGAAGUUCCUGAGGCAGGACAAUUGAUCCAUCAAACACUUCAACCAUACAUCCCAGGAAUCUUGAAAUUCAGUAUAAUCUGAGUUAAGAAUGACUUUGAACCGACCUUAGCAAGAGUCAAGGAAGUAGCUGGCCUUAUUGGAGACUUAAUAUCCACCUUCAGGGAUAGUGCUGACUUUAAUAUCCAAGAAGUAAGAGAAAUUAUUGAGUUCCUCUCUAAUCAAGAUGACGAAGAAUCUAAGCAAAUUUCUCAGUGGCUAGUGAGCUUGUAGAGGAAAUGAACUA